AAACAGUGAGAGCUCAUUGUCUCCUUAUGGAUUCUGUGAUCGUUCUGUUUCUCGUUCUCUCUGCAUUUUUUACUGCUUCAGCUCAACAAAUGGAGUCCAAUGUAAGCCCAGGCUCUUAUCUAAUGCCUGGAAUCAACUCUACGUGGUUGUCACGUUCUGGUCUCUUUGCUUUUGGAUUCUAUAAGCAAGGCAAUGGCUACGCUGUCGGUAUUUUUCUUGCUGGAAUUCCUCAAAAAACUGUUGUCUGGACUGCAAACCGUGACGAACCUCCAGUCUCCAGCACUGCUACCUUGAUUUUUACAAACAAUGGCACGCUUGUCCUGCAAUCGACACCAGAGCAAACGCCAAUCAUCAUAGCUGAUUCUCUUGGGUCUACUUCAGCUGCCAUGCUUGAUACAGGAAAUUUUGUGCUCCAUAAUUCCGAUCAACAAGUAGUGUGGCAGAGUUUUGAGCAUCCGACUGAUUCCCUUUUACCCGGUCAACCUCUCUUAGCAGGUACGGAGCUGUUUUCUAGUAUGUCAGAAACUGAUCACUCAACGGGUAUCUUCCGUCUUAAGAUGCAACAUGAUGGAAACCUUGUUCAAUACCCGGUGGACACUCCCGACACCAGGGCAUAUGCUUAUUAUGCAUCUGGGACAGAUGGAAGGGGAGAUAACGUAACGCUAAACUUUAGUCCUGACGGCCAUCUCUACUUGCUUAGCGCUACUGGUGCUAACAUUAGGAAUCUAACCGAUGGAGGAUAUCCUAGAAAGGAAACUAUUUAUCUUAUGAGAAUCGAUGCAGAUGGGAUAUUCCGACUGUACUCGUAUGAGGUGAAACAGAAUGGAAACUGGUCAAAUGUAUGGUCAUCUUCCAAUGAUUUGUGUGAACCCAAGGGUCUCUGUGGAUUAAACGGGUAUUGUGUUUUAAAUGACAAUAAAGCUCAAUGCGUAUGUCUUCCAGGGUUCGAGAUGGCACACCAGACUACAGGCUGUGUUAGAAGUUUCAAUGCUGCAGGCCGUUGCAGUAGUAAGGAUGAAUACAAUCCACACACCAUGAGCGAGCUGGCUAAUAUCGUUUGGGAAGAUAUGCCGUAUUCUGUUUUGUCAUUUCCACUCAAAGAAGAUUGCGAACGAUCUUGCUUAGAGGACUGUAACUGUGAAGCUGCGCUAUUCAAAGACAGCACGUGCAGAAAACAAAGGCCCCCAUUGAGAUACGGGAGAAGGACGUUGACUGAUUCAACUGCUUUCAUCAAGGUAGGGAAAUCGACACCCGCUGAUAUGCCAAAAGACAACCAGAAAGGCCUUAGACUGGACAUUCUAAUUCUUGGUGGUGGAAAAAUUUUAUCUAUAAGAGGGUGUGAUAUAUCAUAGUUUAAUUAGAAGAAAAAAUUAAAAUUAAAAUCUUAGAAAUUAAAUUUUAGUAUUUAAGUGUUAUGGAUGGAUUUUCACUCUUUAGGAGAGCUUGGUUUUGGAAUUUUGGUUGUUACUCUCA